AUUGGCCGGAGGUGAAAUGGCGAGCCAAUUGGAGUGGCGGAUGAAGCGAGGUGGAGUAUGGCGGAGAAGCAUCUCGAUACAGGCACCAGCCUAAAAGAUUAGCUUUUAUAUGUAGAAAAAAAAAGGCCUAUAAUAGUAAGAAUAAAUUACCAUCGAAACUAUAACGUCAGUCACAUGACAUUUCAUCGACGGAAUGUUCGCUAACUGUCACAGCGCCUUACGUUAAGUUGGAAAAACUUCGUAUAAACGCAACCUCCGCCAUGUUGAAGCUGAACUUCUGGAGGGAGAAAGACAAACCAUUCAAACGCAUUGCCCAUGGUUUGGUUCCUGCCGCCUCCAUUGCCCCCAAGGCUGCUGUGCCGCGUACCCCACCCCCGCGCAGCCCCGCCUCCUCACCCGAGAGACCCAGAUCAGCCUUAGCGGCUGCCAUUUUGUCUUCAUCGCUGACCGGACAGACAUGGGCACUCCCGCCGGCCCGUGCCCGCUCGUUCUCCGAGAGUGACCAAUCAGAGUCCUUGCUUUCUGAGCACAUCAGCACAGCGAUCUACACGCGUGAUCGAUGGUCAGAAGGCUUUGUCCUUCGUCCACGUCUGUCGUCCUUUGACCACUCCGAAGAGGAGAUGCAGCACCAGGAGGCAGAGGAAGAGGUGGAGGAGGAUAAAGGAGGAAGCAUGGAGGAGAAGGAAUAUGUCUACCAAACUCUGGACAGGCAGAAGAAGUUUUCAGACACUGGAGCGACAGUCUACGCUUUGCCGUUAAAACACUUGAUGAGUUCGCCCCGGUCGAGUCCGAUGUUGGCCAGCAGGGAAUCUUCUCGAGAAUUCCAGAGUGAAAAUGUCAUUGGAGCCAGCAAAAGCAAGAAGAAGAGGACAAAAGACUCAACAAGCCAUAGAGAAGAUCGGCCAUCCACCAGCCAGUCCAAAGAGCCAAAAGCAAGGAGGUGCCCAUCUCGUGAGACAAGCAUCGUGACCGAGGACGGGGAAGCAGUGAAGGCCCUAAAGGAUAAGAACGCCAUGCUGGAAGAGAAGCUGCGACACUUGGAAGAGGAAGUCAAUCGCGGGGGGGCCCAGCCAAUCAGAACCUCGGCUACAAGCAUGCAGGCAGAGCUGUGGGAUGCGAGGCAGCAGGCGCAGGAGCUGGUGGACGAAAACGAUGCCCUCAAACGCAGCGUCCAUCGUCUCAGCAUGGAGCUCAGUGCCUACCAGACCAAAUACAGGCCGCUCAGCAAGCAGGAGAGCUCUAGAUUAAGCAGCCUACCAAAGACGGGUUCUCCUCCUCCAUGGCUGGUGGACAUGAAGUAUUUGUCUCCUCUGAUGUUGGCCUACGAGGACAUGUUGAAUGACAAAGAGACUCUCCUGCGCACUGCUGAGGAGGAGGUGAGGAAGCUUCGGGUACAUGUGGAGGAGGUGGUGAAGGAAAACGAGAGGUUUCACUGUCAAAUGGCCAAGAAGACCGAAGGCUUUAGUCAGGAGGACUGCAAUCAAGUUCAGCAGCAGGCCUUGCUGGUGUUGCAGGAGAAUCAGCUGCUGAUUGAGCAGAUGGAAGCUCUGAAUGCUAAAAACGAGGACGAGCACAGCAAACGCCUUUCUGAAGUGUCCCGAGCAUCCAAGCAGCUAAUACUGCUCGAGGCAGAAAACCAGCGUUUGCGGGAGGAAGCGGACAAGAGUAGAAGGGAGGCGCGCGAAAGCGAAAGGGAGGCCCUCGCUCAAAGAACCCGCCUCAAGGACGCCAUCACCUGGGAGGAGCACUGCAGCAUCGCUGUGAAGCUCAGGCGGCAGCUGGAACAGGAGCAGAGCAGGAACAAAAAUGAGGCAGACGAGGCACACGUCCUGCGCUAUCAAAAUCAAAGUCUGCAAGCGGACAAAACCAAACUGAUGGCAGCUGUGGAGAGGAUACAGGCGGAGCUGAAGAGCUGCAGACAAGCCAAUAGGAGGACGGAGAGGCGUCUGAUUGCGCUGAAGCAGCAGAAGGAUGAGUGCGUCCUGAAGGAGGGCAAGACGCGCACAUACCUGGAAGCUGUCGUUUCCGUGGCGGAUCACAUCUCCCAGGAGCGUGACCAACUUCUACACAUGGCCUCCAUACUCCAGCAGGAAAAGCAAGGAUUCAUUGGCAGUAUCCUGAGCGGCACCGUCCGAUUUGGGAAGCUGCAGGAGCGUGUCAAGGUGUACCGCAGGCUGGCGUCCAGCCGACUGGCAGCGCUGGAGGAAGCGGCAGCGGGGAAGGCAGCCUCUCAUCACAGGGAGAUGGUCCACCUCCAGAGGCUGCUGGGAGAGAGGCAGCAGGCAGAGGAGAGGCUGCUGCAGUCCAAACGGGAGGUGGAGGAGGAGCUGGAGGAGGUGUGGCAGGCAGCCACCAGGGAGAACCAGCAAAUCAUGGAGACUCUCUGGGACUCCGGGCCCACCUGCGACAUCCCCCAUCGGGCCUUUCCCGACACUGUCCCCCCCGAGCAUCCUCUGAGCUUCCUCAGAGAUGACAAAAUUCCCAAAGCACAGGACUCAGAUGAAAAGCAUCAACAAGACCUGGAUUUCUACAGCUAGAAUAACCCAUCAAACAGGCAUAGUUUCUAUUUUUUAUUCACAAUACAGAUGGGUAUAAUAUUCAUUUAAAUUCACAAUAAAAGCACCUUCUAACUUUACGAUAGUUAUAGGUCAUCUAUUUGACAGCACAAUACUGUAAAACAUUUUUGUACAGCAACGGCAGUAAAAGCCGUGAUGUCAUUACAGUGGAGGCAAACUGAUGUCUUCAAAUGAAUUGAAGUCAUCAAAAAUUGAGAAAAGAUUUCAAUGAAUGUGAAGCGGAAAAGUAGUAGAAUUGAAUAGAAUUAAAUUGACAGAAAUGAGUAAUUUUUACACAAAUAAAACCAGAAUUUUAAGAGAAAAAUAUAAAAAUCUUCAAGGAAGUUGUCAAAUAAUGAGUAAAAAUGUAAUUUCUGGGGAAAAUGUCACAUCAAUCCAUCCAUCCAUAUCCUGAGCUGCUUCUCCUCGCUAGGGUCGCGGGCGUGCUGGAGCCUAUCCCAGCUAUCUUCGGGCAAGAGGCGGGGUACGCCCUGAACUGGUUCCCAGCCAAUCGCAGGGCACAUAUAAACAAACAACCAUUCGCACUCACAUUCACACCUACGGGCAAUUUAGUCUUCAAUUAACCUACCAUGCAUGUUUUGGGGAUGUGGGAGGAAACCGGAGUACCCGGCGAAAACCCACGCAGGCACGGGGAGAACAUGCAAACUCCACAGAGGCGAGGCCGGAUUUGAAUCCGGGUCCUCAGAACUGUGAGGCAGACGUGCUGCCGAAAACGUCACUAUAUUGUGUUUUUUUUAAAGGAUCAAUCAUACAGAUAUGAGUUAAAAACAGUAAUUUAAAGAAGUCUUAAUAUUUUGACCAUAAUAGUAUUCAUUUUCAAGGAUAGAAUCAUAAAAAUACAAGUACAAAGGUGUUAUUAUUUUAAAUAAAUGUCAUGUUACAAGAGAGAAAUCUGAUAUUUUUUUAAAAUAAAAUAUGACAAAUAUGAUUUUUAAAUAAUUAAAUUAUGAAUAAAAAACAUUUCGUUUUUAGGAAAGUAAUAUUUUGAGGAAAAAGGGUUAGUUUUUAAAGGAUAAAAUUAAGGGUAAAAAUAUGGAAUAAAAUCUUCAAAAUGUUACGACACAAAGUAAUCAUUUAUGAAGGAUGAAAUCAUAAAAGUACAAGUAUAACUGUCAUUAAACAAAUCAUAAAAUCACGAGGAAAAAAAAUGUAUAUUUCACGAAAAACGUCAUUUAAGAGAUGUCAUUUUUCAAAAAUAAAUCAAUUCUGAAUAAAAUGUGUACUAAAAAGGUAUAAUAUCAGGAUGAGAAUUUUAAUAAAAAUACAUUUUUCUGAAAUAUAAUCAUAUUACAAGAAAAUAAGUUGGACUGUUGGGGAGAUAACAUCAUAAAUUUAUGAGUCAAAAUGUGUUGUACAAGAAAGAAUACUAAAAUUAAUAAAUGUACUGUAUAUAUAAUGUGUAAUACAAAAUCAUAUGAGAAAACAUUUUUUGUUGAUAAAUUUAAUAAAAUGUCUGAGUAAUUUUUUUUUUCUUUUAAAGUUCAAAGAUGUCAUUUCAUGAGAAGAAGUUGAAAGUAGUGUACAAGAGUAAAGAAUAUUACAAGGGGAAA